GUGGAGAUUGAGCAGCUGCAGCAGGGUAACUUUCCGACAAUUGCGGAUGCCUUGGGCUGCCAUUGUGUCGUGGCCGGUGGUGUGCACGGCCUGCGCUUCGCAACGUGGGCGCCCAGGGCGCACUUCGUCAGCGUUGUCGGAGAUUGGAACAGCUGGGACGGGCGAGCGUCGCCCAUGGCUCGCAGACACCGAGCAGAAGGUCCCAGAAGAAUCUAGGUAUGGCUUCAAGAUUCACACCUUGGCGGGCCAGGAUGUCGUGAAGAUGGAUCCUUUCGCCCAGGAGUUUGAGAAGCCAAGUGACCUGCACAAGAGUCCGGUCUUCAACGCCUCGGUUGUUAGCAGUUGUGACGACAACUACCGGCCAGAACCCUUCGAGUGGGGUGAUGAGGCGUGGAUGCUUGCUCGAGAAGAGCGAGGUCGCCUCAACAUCGCGCUGAUGCGUGGAGCAGAGGGUGAGCUCAUGAGAGACUUGGCUGAGGCUUUGUGGGAAGCGUUCGGCUACCGAGAACUCACACAGCCCCUGAUCGACCAUGUCAAGGCCUUGAAGUUCAACUGGGUGGAGCUCAUGGCCCUCGCUCACCACCCUUUCCUCGGAUCUUGGGGCUACCAGGUCUCUGGGUACUACAGCUGCUGUUCACUGAUGGGCUCACCCGAUGACUUGAAGCACCUCAUCAAUGAGCUCCACAAGGCCGGCAUUGGUGUGGUGAUGGACUUUGUGCCCGCGCACUUCUGUAAAGAUGCCUGCAGUUUCUGCGACUUUGACGGCACGCCAACGUACGAGUACGAGGACCCCCGAGAGGGAGAGCAGAGGCAGUGGGGUACCAAAAUCUUCAACUUCCGGAAGAAUGAGGUGAGAAGCUUCCUCGUGGGCUCUGCGCUCUUCUGGGCAGAACGCUAUCACAUUGAUGGCUUCCGUUGCGAUGCAGUCUCGGCCAUGAUCUAUCGGAACUUUGGCAAAUCUCACGGCGAGUGGAUCCCAAAUGAGCAUGGCGGCGACAGCAAUCUGGAAGCGGUUUCAUUGCUCAGAGAUUUGAACAAGUCCAUGAAGCAGUUCUGGCCAGGCGUCAUCAUGAUAGCCGAAGAGUCCACUGCGUGGGAAGGUGUCACAACUCUGAGGAACGUGUCCUCGGGCCUCGGCUUUGACCUCAAAUGGGAUCUCGGUUGGAUGAACGAUACCCUGAUCUACCUUGAGGAGCCAGCCUGGAACCGGCCUUCGAACCACAGCAAGCUCACCUUUCGUUCUCAGUACAUGCAGAACGAGCGGUACGUUGCGCCCUUGUCCCAUGACGAGGUGGCGAACAUGAAAGGGAGCCUGAUCGAGAAGAUGGGCCGCAAGGAGGGAUUGGGCUUCUACGACAAGUUGCGACUUCUCUGCGCCCUUUACGGCUAUCAAGCUACUGCUCCUGGACGGCCGCUGCUGUUCAUGGGUCAGGAGUAUGGCCAGGGAAGAGAAUGGAACUGCUACCAAUCCCUCGACUGGCAUGAAGGCGAGGAGGAGAUCCGAAAAGGAAUCUGCGUUUGGCUGGCAGAUCUUUUGGGAGUUUACCAGCACCACCGUCCGCUGCACAUGGGCGAUGAUUACCCGCGAAUGCGGCAGUAUCCCAUUGGCUCCUUCAGCUUCGAGUGGGUGGAAAGCAAUGCAGGCGCUUGCGUUGUUGCCUUCUGUCGCCACUGGAAGGCAGAGACACCUGUCAUGGCCAUCUUCAACUUCGGUAGCCAGUAUCACCAUGGUUACACCAUUGGCAGUCCAUACUGGGGAG